CCCUUGAUUUUUCCUCGCAGUCAUGCCGAGGGGUUUUCUGCCAGUAAUAGAUUGUCUCACUCGCGGAGAAAAUGGACUUCUCAUUCCACCGGUGUUGCUAAAUUCCAUUUUAAUCUAAAAUUACUUCACUAAAAACGAAAAGAAUUUUGCAAAACAAAUUCAACUGACUGAUACAGACUCACGAUUGGCAAAAUAAAAAAAUCGAUAAUGUUUUGGUUAGGUCCGAAACUCGCUUGAUGUAGUCGGGAGAGGAGAAGGGAAGACAGAUUCAAGCAAACUUAACUGAAAAACAAUACUACAUAGUAUAGUUUUUUAAAGAAAAGUAAAGAUAUUUAUAUCAAUUUCUUGAAUAGAUUUCAUAUUGAAAACCAGUUUCAUAAUAAUUUGUAAUAAGCUUAAUGAUUAGUUAUAGUAUAGAUAAGAUUCGGAAUUUAUUGUCAUAAGACAUACAUUGACAGUGACAGCUGCUGUCAAACCAAAAGUCAAAAAUUGUCAACGGUUCCCGCUAAACAACGCCGAUUAUUUACGAUUUACUAUUUGUUUAGUAACAAUAUUUUAACUCCUGUGUUAUGUAUUAUAAUAUUGAAUAAACGGUACUGUAGCGACAAUAUGUAUAUAAAGUCUAUUGUGUUGGACGGCUUCAAAUCCUACGGAAAUCGAGUCGAAGUUACCGGAUUCGACCCCGAAUUCAACGCUAUCACAGGUUUAAAUGGUACUGGAAAGUCUAAUAUAUUGGAUUCAAUAUGUUUCGUCUUGGGAAUCACCAAUCUAUCGAACGUCAGAGCUGGAAGUCUUCAAGAGUUGAUAUAUAAACAUGGCCAAGCGGGUAUUACGAAAGCCACGGUCAGCAUCACCUUUGACAACCGUGAUAAGAGACAAUGCCCCAUUGGCUAUGAGAACCAUGAUGAAAUAACUGUAACCCGGCAGGUUGUCAUGGGAGGCAAGAAUAAGUACCUAAUUAAUGGCAUCAAUGUGCAGAACAAGCGUGUCAGCGAUUUAUUUUGUUCUGUCCAGCUGAAUGUAAAUAACCCUCACUUUCUCAUAAUGCAGGGCCGCAUUACCAAAGUGCUAAACAUGAAACCCCCAGAGAUUUUAUCAAUGGUGGAAGAAGCAGCUGGCACAAGAAUGUAUGAAGCUAAAAAGCAGGCUGCACAGAAAACUAUAGAAAAGAAAGAUGCCAAGCUCAGGGAACUUAAUGAUAUAAUAAAAGAAGACAUAGCCCCAAAGCUGCAGAAACUACAAGAUGAAAGAUCUCAAUUUCAAGAGUAUCAAAAAGUAGUGAGAGAGUUGGAGAAUCUUACUAGACUUUAUGUGGCUUGGAAAUAUGUGAGUGCUGAGCAAAGUGCCAAAGAAGCAGAGGCUAAAGUCACUGAAGUGCAGGAUGAAAUUAAAAACAAAAAAGACACAAUCAAAAGCAAUGAGAAAGAAUCUAAAGAGUUAGAUAAAGAAGUAGCAGAACUCAACAAGAAGUUGGAUCAAGAAAGCGGCAGUGUAUUGAAAGAAUUGGAGACUGAACUGCAAAGUUUAGAAAAAACCGAAGCAUCAGCUAGCGCGGUUCACAAGGCUGCAAAGGAAUCAGUCGCGUCUCACGACAAGAAGGCGCGUUUGUUAGACCGCGCGCUCGCUGACGAUGAAGCCGCACUGCUUGCCAAACGCAAAAUAUUAGACAAGGAGUCGUCUUCGUGCGAAGGCCUGAAGGCGGCUAGUGAGGCCGCGGCGACGGCGUUAGCGGAGGCCCAACAGCGUUUUGUGGCCGUCAGUACUGGCCUAGAAGGCGCUUCUGAAUCACUGCAAGACCAGCUCAUGGCUGCCAAAGCAGCCGCAUCAGAAGCGGCUACGCGUAUAGCACAAAGCAGUAUGGAGAAGACGCACGCGCAACGUCGUCUGGAAUCAUUGCAGAAGGAGGCGGCCACUUCUUCUGCGCAACACGCGAAGGACCAAGAAACGUUGCGAGUGCACGAGAAACAAGUGCAGAAACUUCAGGAGGAGCUCAACCAUAUGAAUUUUAGCGAAGAACGGAAUAGUCAUCUUAAAGAAAGUGUGCGUUCCCUGCAAUCAGUGAUACGUUCCAAGCGAGAUACAGUCGACAACUUAUCGGCGAGGUUACAACGAUGCGACUUUAAGUACUCACCGCCGCAGCCCAAUUUCGAUAGCAGAAGAGUGUCUGGUACCAUUUGUAGGUUGAUUGAUGUGUGUGAUCCGAUGUAUUGCACUGCGUUGGAAACUGCCGCUGGCGGCAGGCUGUACAAUGUAGUAGUGGAUACGGAUGCAACAAGCAAGCUUUUAUUGCAACGCGGAAAUCUCCAAACGCGUACUACAAUCAUACCUCUAAACAAGAUCUCUGGACACGUAAUCGAUGCUUCAACUGUACGAAGAGCGCAGCAAAUAGGUGGUGGUCCAGACAACGUUCAACUAGCGUUAGAUCUCAUCUCAUUCGAGCCGCACUUACGUCCGGCAAUGGCGUGGGUGUUCGGUGGCACUUUGGUCUGUCGAGACUUGGAGACCGCUAGAAAAGUCACUUUCCAUCCAGACGUGCGACGAAGAUGCGUGACUUUAGACGGAGAUGUAUGCGACCCGGCUGGUACUUUGUCUGGAGGCGCCAGAGCUAAGGGUGGUUCGGUACUAGUUCAGUUGCAAGAACUGAAAGACGCGGAGAGAGCGCUACAUGAUGCAGAGGCUCAGUUCUCACAGUGUAAUUCAGAACUCUCUGCUAUGCAGCACGCCGCUGAACAAUAUGCCACUACGCAGCAAAGGUUGGAAAUGGUGACCCAUGAGUUAGGUGUGGCGCGGGCAAGACUUGCUACCACGACGCAUGCGCAGGCGCACAACGAAAUAGAAGCAUUACGGGCACAAGUUCAAGAGUUGGAAGCAGCUGUAGAAAGAGACAAAGUCACCCAGAAAGAGACGGCGGCACGUGCAAAGGAACUUGAACUUAAAGUCAAAGAUAUAAAGGGCCACAGAGAGAGGGAGUUCAAAAAAGCAGAAGAAGCUCUAAAGAAGGCUAAGAAGGACGCGGAACAGAACAGCAACUCCUGGAAACAGCGAGAACAAGAAUUCGAAACUCUACGCCUAGAAGUGAAUGAACUCGAGCAAGCUGUGAAGAAUAGCAAGCAAGCGUUGCAAGAGACGAAAGAAGCGGCUACGGCGCUCCAAGAAACCUUGAAAACGGCUAAAGAAGAACAUUCCAGUGCUACGGAAAGCGUCAAACAGAUCCAAUCGCAAAUAAAGAAGCAAAAAGCGGAAAUAGCGAGUAGGAGCAGCGAUAUAGCACGCCUGCAUCAGAAGAAAGAACAACUUGCCAAAAAUAAUAGUGACCUCGAACUCAAGAUAAAAGAACUAGAUUACAAAAUAAAGGAACUGCAAGCUGAGGCAGCGGAGUGCUCGAAAAAGAUCAAAUCAUUAGAAGAGGAGCACACUUGGAUUCCGUCAGAAAGGGAAUACUUCGGGGCCGCCGGGGGAUUGUACGACUUCGCUGCCCGACAGGCGAGCGUCGCCGGACAAAGGUUACAACAGUUGGCGGCCAGAAGAGAUAAACUGGCUCGUGGGCUUAAUGCCAGAGCUCAUACGCUACUAGGAAAGGAGGAGGAACAGUAUCAAGACGUCAUGCGAAAAAAGAAGAUAGUCGAAGCUGACCGCGCGAAAUUGGUGCAAGUGAUGGCUGAACUCGAUGAAAAGAAAAAGAAGACCCUAGUGACGGCUUGCGAGCAAGUGAACAAAGACUUUGGCUCAAUAUUCAGCACCCUAUUGCCCGGUGCUCAAGCGAAACUACGGCCACCACCAGGCUUGACUGUUCUGGAUGGACUUGAGGUGAAAGUAGGCUUCAAUAACACUUGGAAGGAGUCAUUAGGCGAACUAAGCGGCGGGCAACGUUCCCUAGUGGCAUUAUCGCUGGUAUUAGCCAUGCUGUUGUUCAAACCGGCGCCUCUGUACAUUCUUGACGAAGUAGACGCGGCUCUAGAUCUGUCGCAUACGCAGAACAUUGGCCUCAUGUUAAGGGACCACUUCAAGCAUUCUCAGUUCAUCAUCGUAUCGCUGAAGGACGGCAUGUUUAACAACGCGAACGUUCUAUUUCGCACCAAGUUCGUGGACGGCAUGUCUUCUGUACAACGUAAUGCUAAUCACCGCCGAUGACCAUAAUGAUUAUAACAUUGAAAACUACCUCUCUAUGACCUCUCGUUUGAACUUUUUGUCUGGCCUAACGAAGCGACUGGCCACCGAAAAUAUUCUUAACGAGUUAUAAAAUAAUUAAAUUUGUAGUCGAAAGAGGUUGUACAGGAGUACAACCUUCGAUCAACAUUACUAUAGAUAACGGGUCAGCGCGUAAAUACCGUCUUGGUAAAUAUAGCCUCACUCGAUACGUGAGAUCUUAUUAUCAAUUAGUUCUGUUAACACACAGCCAAUGUAAGCACGCGUUACGAUGACAGAAUAUGCAUUCAAAAGUUGCAAAAAUAACGACCAAAUAUGCAAUGUUUCUGUUGGAGUAUAACUACAUGUAAAAUACACUACAUUUUAUGCUUUACACUAAUAAGUAAUGUCAUAUUUCUUAUAAAAUCACAAAAUCAAACUUCCGCUAAGAAUAUUUGACAACUUUUUCCAACAACCAUUUCGCAGUGACUAAAAGAAUCGAUGUUAAAACGAAGUAACUCUCUGGUCAAUAACUGGUAAAAAUACUUUAUUUUGUGGGUCAUAAGGUUGAAUCUAUUUUUUUUAUCUUAUCUUUUUUUCGCAUAAUUUAUUGUCUUGUUCGUUUUAUAAGAUAAAAGGUCGUAUGUACUAAAUUACAUUUUGUUAUUUGUAAAUUGCUAUGUGACAUGGUUAUUAUUAGGUUCAAUUUAAACAGUUUUAAAACAUUUGUCUUUGUUCAUUGGGAAUCGAAUGUGGCUGCAUAACUGUAAACACACCCGCACAGUGUUUAGCUUUGAUUUUGUAUGCAACCCGUUAUCUAUAGAAUUGUUGAUAGAUGUGUACAACGUAGUGCCAAUCACGGCUGAUGACGUUAAUACCACUUAAUACUCUCAAGAUUGAAUCAAACAAAGCUGUUUGAACUUUUUGCUUAUCCUAAGAGAACGGCUAGCCACCGAAAAUACUCUUCGAGUUAUAAAAUAAGAGUUGCAUUUUAAAUAGCUACGUGCAUUUUGGAAAAAUGCAAGUAGUGAAAAACUAUGUCGACUGAUAGAUAUAUAUGGGAAAGUCUAUAAAAACCAGGAAUACCAAGCAUUUAUAACAAAAUUACCAAAAUGUCGGCAUGUGUUAGCGGUUAGAUAUUUGGCAUUUGUCAGAAAUCCGAUUAAAUGAGAUUGUAUAUUACAGAAUGCCUAUGCUGAUUUUUUUGGAAUAUUUGAUGUUGGUCCUAAGUGUGAUUUUUUCUGUGUAAUCUACUAUAUAAAAAUAAGUCGGGUUUUCCUUCCUGACGCUAUAACUCCAGAACGCACGAACCGAUUUCCACGGUUUUGCAUUCGUUGGAAAGGUCUCGGGCUCCGUGAGGUUUAUAGCCAAGAAAAUUCAGGAAAAAUUUAAAAAAAAAACUUCUUUUAAUCACCAAACGAAAUGUUACAUAAAACGAAGCCAUCUAUCUGGUGGCGAAACGGAGUUCGCCUGGUUUGCUAAUUUAAAAAGCGGGUAUAAAUUGCUCAAUGUCAUUGAAAAAAAAUGUUAUCUGUUGAUAUACGUACCUAUAUUUAUAGUAGGCAAUGAAAAAUGGUAUAAAGAAGGACAAUUAAUGAGAGACUUAACUUUGUCUUCGGGUGCUAGUAUUUCAAGAUUUGUUAAAAAAGAGGGACUUCUUAGAUUGAUAUGUAUUGGUUGGUGUAAUUUUAAAAGUAUGCGGUUGUAAAAUAAAAGAUUCACAAACAACUGUUGUAGGUUAAAGGACCAUCUAAGUAGAUCACAUUACCAAAACAAAGUCGAUUUAUCUCAAAAGUCUAUUAGAAGUUAUAUGAAACAGCAUUAUAGUUCUCUUUACUCUUAAUGUAUUCUUUAGAAACGAAACAUUAUAUUUUGGAUUAAUGAAAAAAACUAGCCAUACUUUUUGUAAAUACUUUUUAUGUACUUUUGAAUGUUUUGUAUAUUUUAAGGUGAGAAUACAAUUAAUUAUAGAUUUAAGAUUUGUUCAAAUAGAAGUACAAUAUUUUU